AUGGUCUUUCCCCCAACGGCAUCGCGUCGCGUACACCAAGUCACAUGCAGCACUAGCGCGGAUGCUUCUCAACUAUUGGCUAGCGCAAGCAACAGUCCACUCCAACCAUUGCAACCCUCACUUCGCCUCUCUUGCCGGCAUUAUUUCGUAAUCAUGGAUAGGUUUGAAUCCAGUUCAAGCGACCGCGCAGAUGCUGCCGGAAAUGCACGCUUCACUUCCCAAGCGGCAACAGCGGAAGAUCUACUGAAGGAGCAAACUGUUGGCCUGGUAAACCUCAACGACUAUCGCAAGCGGCGCGCCGAGGCUUUGGAAAGGAAGGAGCGGGGCGACACGGCGGGCGACCUAAGUAGCAGCACACAGUCGGACGGGGCAUCGACGCCAAAAGCCGUCUUCAAGAAGAAGCGCAAGGUAGCUGCAAAAGGCAAACUGUCAUUUGGCGUAGACAAUGACGAAGAUACCGACACCAAUGUCUCCAAGACACCCACCCUGCGCGAAAACACACCGGCUGACUCGUCGGCCCUGGGUUCGGAAGCAGAAACGAAAGUCGUCAAGAAGAAACUGGGUGCAAACUCCAACAUUGGACUAAAGCCCCGCGUCAUGACCAAGACGGCCUUACAGAGGGAAGCGCAGCAGGCAGAGCAGGCGCGACAAGAUUUCCUCAUCAUGCGCGAAGCUGUCAAGGCCACCGAAGUAGUCAUACCCUUUGUCUUCUACGAUGGCACCAAUAUCCCCGGAGGGCGAUGCAGGAUAAAAAAGGGCGAGCAGAUUUGGCUAUUUCUAGAUAAAGCUAGAAAGGUUGGUGCAGAACUGGGAGUGGGCGGCGACAAGAGUAGGAGGGAUUGGGCCAGGGUCAGUGUAGACGACUUGAUGCUUGUUAGAGGAGAAGUCAUUUUGCCACACCACUACGAGAUGUACCAUUUCUUGUUUCACAGAGUAACAGGCUUUGACGGUCUCAUCUUCGACUACUCGGCGCAACCCACCAAAGCAUCUCCGAGUGCUACCAACCCAGACGCAGAAGAGGACAUGGCUGCAUACGACCCACUAGCUCAGCCGCAGAAGAAGAAGAGCAAAGAUUCCAGUAUACCAGAUGAGGAGCUCGAAGGCUUCCAUGAAGACCCAGCCCUGACAAAGGUUGUGGAUAGGCGGUGGUACGAGCGCAACAAGCACAUCUUCCCAGCGAGCGCGUGGACAGAGUACGCCCCGGACAAGGACUUGUCGAAAGUGCAGCGAAAGGACGCUGAGGGCAACGCUUUCUUCUUCACCUAA